AUGGUGUUCGGAAAAAAUAGAUCAGAUCAGGAAAAAAAUUCCAUUAAAAUACAUCAAGAUUCAAGUGAUGAGAAUGAAGAUGUAGAAUCAAUUGAGAAACCAAAUCUCAAAAUUGAAAACGAAUCAAUGCAGAAACAACAAGAUUCAACAACAAAGCCACUAUUGAGUGAAAUCAAUGUUAUUGGAGCAUCCAAAGGAAAGAAUUCAGGAGGAACAAAGUGUUGGUCAUGCAAGCAUUGUAACAAUCAAUUCAACAACUCAUAUACAAGAAUUCACUAUCACUUUUUUGGAGCUCCACAAGGGAAGAAAGCAGGAAUUCAAUGUUGCCCAGCACUCAUGAAAGAUAGAGUUAAAUAUGACAAGGUGAGAAGAAUGGUUGAAGAAGCAGAGAAAUCAGUUGUGUUUUCAUCUCUAAAAAAUUCCACAAUUUGGACAAAGAUUGUUGCUAAAGCUAAUCCUAUAGCAAGUGCUUUUCGCAUGAUGGAAAGGGAUGCGGGGAACUUAAAAGUGAUGAGAGCGCUAUGUGCUAAUGGAAUUCCUUUUAAUGUUCUGCGAAAUCCUCAAUUUUGUGAGAUGAUUACAGCAAUUAACAAUGCCCCAAAAGGAUAUAAAGCACCCUCUUAUGAAAAAGAAAGAACUAUAUUGUUAGAUGAAUGUAAAAGAGAUGUAGAGAAAGACUUAGCUAUGAUCAAGGAUACUUGGUAUACUCAAGGGGUGUCUAUUGUUUCUGAUGGGUGGUCCAAUGUUAAACAUCAACCUUUGAUUAAUGUUAUCUCAGCUAACAGUCGAGGAGAUAUGUUCAUGUAUGCUGAUGACUUUUUAGGCAUCAAAAAAGCAGGUCAUGCUAUAGCUGAAUACUUACUCAAGGCUAUUGAAGAAGUAGGGCCUUGUAAUGUUCUUCAAGUAAUUACUGAUAAUGCAUCAAAUUGCAAAGCUGCAGGAAAGGAGAUAGAGAAGGAUUUUGCUCAAAAGUUUGAUUGGUUAAAUGAUACUUAUAAAAGAGGAAAAUGCAUUGUGAAAUACUUUAUCAAUCACACACAAGCAUUAUCCAUCUUUAGGACACAAUCAAAGUUGGAAUUGCUAAAAGUAGCAAAAACUAGAUUUGCUUCACAUUACAUCUUGUUGAAAAGGUUGUUAGUUUGUAGAGAGGCUCUUGCAACCACUAUUGUUCUUAAAUCAUGGAAGGAGUGGACAAAAAAUGGGGAUGAGAAAAUGAAGACAAUGGGUGCAUUAGUUGCUGAAACAAUUAGUGAUGAUGAAUUUUGGGAGGAAGUAGAAAAUAUAGUAGCUAUAACUAAGCCACUGUAUUUGUUGAUUAAGUUUAGUGAUGGUGAAGGCCCAAAGCUAGGAGAGAUUUAUGAAAAAAUGGACAGCAUGCUUGGAGAAUUAAAGGAUAUAAUGACAAAUAACAAAUAUAAAGAUAGUUAUGAACAAAUGGAAGCUAUUGUAGUAGAAAGAUGGGCGAAGAUGAAUAUUCCUAUGCAUUGUCUUGGUUUUGCUCUCACACCCAGAUUUUAUGAUCAUCACUACUUAGAAACACCAGCUCCUGGAGGAGUACCUAGAAAGGCUCCAAAUCUUGAUAAAGAAGUUGUUUUAGGUGUUAUGGAUGCUUUUGAAAGGAUAGCAAAAAAUGGGGCAGAACAAAAGCUUUUACGUGAGCAAUUUGUAAUUUUUCAUAUGAAGAAAGGGAUAUACAGCAUGCCAGCAGCUCAAAUUGAUGCUGUAACAAUGGAUUCAAUUGAUUGGUGGUCAACAUAUGGGUCUGAAACUCCAGAACUAGCAGAGGUAGCAAAAAAGGUAUUAUCUCAACCAAUUAGUAGCUCUUCAGCUGAAAGGAAUUGGAGUACAUACUCUUAUAUUCAUAAUGUUAAGAGAAACAGGUUAAACUGUACAAGGGCAGAUAAAUUAGUGUUUAUUCACUCAAAUAUUCGCCUUCAAUCUCGCUUCUUUGAGAGUUAUGUGACAGGACCUCAUAAAAGAUGGGAUAUGGAUCCAGAAAAUUCAUAUUUGGAGGAUUCAGCUGUAAAAUUAGAGGAUAUGGGAUGGAGAUCGUUAGAUGAUGACAAUGAUAUUGAUGUCACAAAGGCCAUUGAAGAAGAUGAAGAUAACUGCACCAAAAAUAAAGGGAAGAAGCAAAGGAAAAACUGA